AUGGUCGAAUUUCAUACGACGGCAGAGCAUAAUAUCCAGUGGGCUACGAGUGAUGGCCGGGCCAUCGUGUACAACCUGGGCGAUAUGGCUUGGGUAUUGACGUCGACGUGUCUGGUUUUUAUCAUGAUUCCUGGAGUGGCGCUGCUAUAUUCGGGGCUGCUUCGUCAGAGGAAUGCAUUUACGGACAUUGCGAUGUCAGUCAUGGUCUUGGCGGUGGCGUCCAUUGAAUGGUUCUUUUGGGGCUACUCACUGGCAUUUAGCCCUACAAGCAGCAAAUUUAUCGGUAAUCUCUAUCAUUUUGGUCUGAUGCACGUCGAUAUGCAAGCACUGCCCGGUGUUGCGAAUAUACCUGUACUCCUCUACGCCCUGUAUCAGCUGAUGUUUGCUGCGCUCACGCCGGUGAUUGCAUGUGGUGCGUUCGCUGGGCGCGCCAGAGUGGGGCCUGUGCUGCUCUUUACCUUCUGCUGGUGCACGAUUGUGUACAACCCUAUUGCCUGUUGGACAUGGAAUUCAAAUGGCUGGAGCUACAUGAUGGGUGGCUUGGAUUAUGCUGGUGGCACACCUGUUCACAUCAGCUCUGGGACAGCGGCUCUGGUCAUCUCACUAUACCUUGGAUACAAGUACGGAUCGCGCAGUAUGGAGUUGCCGGCUCGACCGCACAACACCACGUGCAUUAUUCUGGGCACCGUGUUCAUCUGGUUUGGGUGGUUUGGUUUUAACGGUGGCUCGGGCGCAGGCGCUAACCUUCGGUCCGCGCAAGCGAUGAUGGUGACGCACAUUGCCGCGUGUGCAGGUGGAAUCACACUGCUGGUGUUGGACUACCGCUUUGACCGCAAGUGGUCUGUCAUUAGUUUCUGCUCGGGUGCCAUGGCAGGACUUGUUGCCGUUACACCGGCUUCUGGCUAUGUUGGCACGCCAUCGGCGCUGGUAUUCGGUGUGGUGGGCUCCGUCGCAUCGCAUUUGGCGACGCCCAUGAAGGAUGUGCUUGGCUACGAUAUCUUUGUCGUGCAUGGACUCGGUGGUAUGGUGGGCAAUGUACUGACUGCGCUCUUUGCUGAUGGCCGCAUUGCCACCUUUGACGGAACGAGUCCAACAGAGAGUACUGGCUGGAUCAACCAUCACUGGGUGCAGCUCGGAUACCAAUUGGCCGAUUCUUGUGCGGGCUUUGCAUGGACGUUUGUGAUGACCCUCAUUCUGAUGAUGGUGAUUGAUCACGUUCCUUACUGUGCAUUUCAAUGCGAUGAGGAUAUAUCGAUGGUCUCAGAUCUUCCUCAGUCACUCGAACAUGGACUCUCUUCGUCGCAGGACAUGGACAAGGCGCCCGCGGCCGUCAUGCCGUUGGAGCGAGGCGUCGCGGACCUGGAGACGGGCGCUGGACCCAGCGGCAUGGAGACGAUGGAUGACAGGGAGAGCAUCACUGAGAAGGGUGUCGUGACUAACACCACGCUCUCUUCGUGA